CCUUCCGGGUGGCGCCGCGUUCGCGCCCCGCGGCAGGUCCUCGCGCAGCGGGGGAAACUUUUCCUGCGGCGGCGCCGCCGGGCAGAGCUCGCGCGGGCUGGGGGGGCGCGCGCCCGCCAUUGCUGCCCUAGCGCCCGGCCGGGCGCCAUGGCCGGGGCCGGCGGGCGGGGCCGCGGCCGCCGCUUUGUCCCAGGCGCCGGGCGGCGGGCGGCGGGCGGGCGCUGAGGAGCGGGCGGGCAUGGCCUCCGUGCCCGACGGCGAGCAGCGGGCUCUGCGGGAGCGGGUGGCCGUGCUAGAGGCGGACUUGGGCGCCUGCCGCGGGCAGCUGGAGCGGGUGCAGCGCCGGCUGCGCCGCACCGAGCGCCUCUACCGCCAGGCGCGGCAGGGCAGCGAGGCGCUGAGGAGACAGGUUGAAGAGCUCACCAAGGAAAUUCGUAAUACAAAGGAGAAAGAUGCAUGUAGCGUAGAAGUACAGACAGAGCACUAUGCUCCGUGGUCACAAGCAGAUUAUUACUACUACGAAAAUUACUACAAUCACACUGACACUCAAGAUUGUGCAUCUGAACUGCCAUUGCAGCACAAUCAUGAAACUGAAGGCACUGAACAUAAUUCACCAGAGGAAUUGCAGACAAAUGUUGAUACUCCUUUAAGGAUGGAUGGCACCAAAGUUGCUGAAGGUGCAGAAGAGGAAAAUCUCAUCCAGAGUUCACAGGAAGUAGAAGAUACUACAGUACAAAAGGGUUCUUUGGCAGAAACCUUGAGAGCUGCUGCAGAGGCUGCUGUUUCACAAACUGGAUUUAUUUAUGAUGAAAAUACAGGAUUGUACUACGACCAUAGCACUGGAUUCUACUAUAAUUCAGAAAAUCAACUGUAUUAUGAUCCAGCAACUGGAAUUUAUUACUACUGUGACGUGGAAAGUGGCCGAUACCAGUUUCAUUCACGAGUAGAUCUGCAGUCUUAUCAGGCAUCUGGUAUUCAGCACACCAAGGAUAAAAAAGGGAAAAAGAAGAGAAAAGAACCAGAGAGGAUAACUGCAAACGAAUAUAAGGAUGUGGACACAGAAGAGCAGAAAUCAUCUAACAGCCUGAACUGCUUUUCCACUACUGAGCAAGUAAGUUCUGAAGAAGAAGAGUCUCCAAAUAUAAGAAAGAAGACUAAAGUGGACACAAAACCACGAAACAGUCUAACAGCCAAAGAAUCAAUUUCUACAGACAGUGUAAAUUCACAUUCACGCAAAAGCACACCUGAUACUGCAGCAUAUACAGAUGACAGUAGAACAGCAGACACAGAGAGUGAGCCAGAAGAAGGUGAAAUUAUGGAUUCUGAGUAUGAAGCCUAUAGCAGUGAGGAUGAAUUAACAAGUGAAGAAACUGCUGAUUCAGGAGACUCAGAAAACGAAGACGAAGAAAAGAUCUGGCCUCCUUGUAUCAGAGUAAUUGUAAUAAGAUCACCAGUUCUACAGACUGGAUCGCUUUAUAUUAUCACAGCUGUGAAACCUGCUACAAUUGGAAGAGAAAAAGAUGUGGGACACACACUUCAGAUUCCUGAAGUUGGAGUCAGUAAGUUCCAUGCAGAAGUAUAUUUUGACCACGAUUUGCAAAAUUAUGUUCUUGUGGAUCAAGGCAGUCAGAAUGGAACAGUUGUUAAUGGAAAUCAGAUUCUCCAGCCUAAAACAAAAUGUGAUCCCUACAUCUUGGAGCAUGGAGAUGAAGUGAAGAUUGGUGAAACUGUGCUUUCUUUUCAUAUACAUCCUGGCAGUGAUACUUGCGAUGGAUGUGAACCAGGACAAGUCAGAGCACAUCUUCGCCUGGACAGGAAAAAAGAAUCUUCUGUUUGCCCAGCACUUAGCAAAGAAGAGAGAGAGUUAGUCAGGAGAAAAGCAUUAAAACAAAUACGGGUAAAAUAUGGUUUACAGAACACAGAGUAUGAAGACAACAAAGCAGUGAAGAAUCCAAAGUACAAAGACAGAGCAGGAAAACGCAGAGAGACCAUCGGAAGUGAAGGAACCUUCCAGAGAGAUGAUAGUCCAGCUUCUGUUCAUAUUGAAAUCAGCAACAGCAACAAAGGACAUAAAAUGUUGGAGAAGAUGGGAUGGAAGAAGGGGGAAGGCCUGGGCAAGGAUGGUGGUGGUAUGAAGGAUCCGAUCUACCUUCAGUUACAUAAGACACAUGCAGGUUUGGGUACCAGUAGACCAGCCUCUAUUGAAGAUGUUCAGAUCAUCCAGAGCAAGAAUAAGAAGAACUGGGAUAAAGCAAGAGAAAGGUUUGCUGAAAACUUCCAAGAACCUACAUCACAAAGGGAAUCACCUAAGAUUACGUCUUGGGUUAAAGGGACUGUGGAGUAAAGUAUCUGGUCCCACAGCAGGGUAAUUCCUGUGUGUAAAUAGUUGGGAGAGAAUUUAUUUUUGUUCUUUUUUCUUCUGCUAAAGCAGAACUUUGGUGAUAUGUAAAAUACAGUGGUGGAAAAAAUGAUACAAGAUUAACCCUAUUAUGUUAACUGGUUUUCUGUAGUCUUCAUGCUUUUAUAAAAACACACUUUCAAUAAGAAAUCAAUGGAGUUUAGAGGGAUAUUCAAGUUUAAGCACUGAAAAGGGAUUCUUAUCAUGAGCAGAAAGUUUAAUUGUGUUUUAACACAAUUUUUCAUGGAAAGUCAAACAAAACAUCUGUUACAUUUAAAUAUGAUACAGUGGUUCAAAAGCAAGCUGAAUCAAAUGAAGAGGGAAAAAAAAAGGGGGGGGGACAGAAAAUGCCCUGGACCCCUACUAACAGAGCAUCCAUACUACCAUUUCCUCUUUUGUAUGCUCAGCAAGUUCACCACUCAGAUUCAUACAGUUCAGUACUAGUUACAUGUCUCAGCUUACCUUAUGGGGGUAAAAACCUUGUUUUGAAAAGAUUCAUCAGUACUGUUGCAAAAGAAAUACUGCACUCCAUGAAAUAAACUGCCAGCUUUAGUGAAGAAAAUGUUCAGAGAUGGAUUGUAGCAAAAUUUUCUUCUGUGAAGAACUUUACAUUUGUUCAGUGAAUCUGUAUCAUGCCUUUAAAAAGAUGAGGUAUGUCUAGAAAA